AUGAGUGAUUCUGAUUUACCUAUAAACAUAGAUGACGAAGAUGAUAACCAUGUUGAUCCAUCAUCUACUCCUCUUUGGAAGCCAAAGAUGGUUGUUGCAGAGUUCACUUUAUCCAAUUUGACCAUAUCACAUGUUGUUUCGGAGUCAACUACUGUCAGCGAGAUGAUUAGUGUGGUGAAACAAUACUGGCCUUAUGUCCCUGAAGACCUCGUAGUUUUUGGUUACACUGUAGAUGGAAGAUCACAUGUGAUCAAUCACGAUUUGGAGUUGAGGUUUUUCAUUCACUACUGCAUCUCCAAAGUGAUCGAUGUGGUGAAGUUUAACAUCCAGUUUAAGAUUGUUGUUGAUUUUGUUCCAUCUUCUUCUUCUUUUGCUCCUUCUUCGUCAUCAUCAAGUUGUGUUUCAAACAACGGUGUGGCUAUUGUAGAAGAUUUGACGGAUGAUUCAUCUUUGGUCAAAAGGGUCCCCAAGAAGUCAUAUGCUUGGGCCAACAUCUUAACCGGAGUAGGGCAGGUUUUUGAAAGUAAAAUUGAUUGUCGUGAUACUGUUAAGAAGUAUGAAUAUCAUAGUGGUUACAAACUUGAAGUACGUAAGAGUGACAAGAAACGUUACACUUGCAAGACGUUUCACGGAGAGCAUGCAUGUGAUUUAGCUUCUUCUGAUCCAGCAAAAGUCAGGAUGACAAAGUCUUUUUUGAAGGAUAUCUUAAUAGAUGAAUUUCGAGCAUCAAAGAAGAAGAAGACUGCAGAUGAUGUCCAAGAUCUUCUCCAUCAGGAAUAUGGUAUUGAUCUCACAUAUAAUCAGGCAUACCAUGGUUUACAGUUCACUAAAGAGUCUCUUUGGGGUGAUGACAUCAAGUCCUAUUCAUACUUUGUUUGGUAUAAAGACUCAAUUGAACGUUAUAAUCCUGGAAGCAUCGUCAACUUUGAGUAUGAUGGUGUAACGAAGCAGUUCCAGAGGUUUUUUGUUGCUUUCGAAGCUUCCAUUACUGGUUUCAAUAAUUGUUGUCGUCUGAUGCUAUUUAUUGAUUGCACUUUUCUCACUGGGAAGUUUAAGGGAGGUCUUAUGGUAACUUGCGGGAAAACUAGUAACCAAGAGAUCUAUCCAGUUGCUUUUGGUAUUGUACCUUGCGAAAAUUGUGAGAGUUGGGAAUGGUUCUUAACCAACCUGAAGGGUAUUAUUAGGGAAGACCGUCCACUGACCAUCAUAUCAGACCGUGGAGCUGUCCUUUUGAAGCAUGUCCUUAUUAUCUUCCCAAAGGCUUACCAUUCUUACUGUUUGUACCACAUGAAAGGUAAUAUUCUGGUUCCAAAGGGUAAGAGAAGGCAAACUGCUGUGAAGUUGUUUGAAAAGUGUUACACUGCCUUAACAAAGGAGAAGUUUUUUGCUGCUUCCAAGAGUAUGAGCAAUCUCAAGCUUGAUUCAGUGAUUGAUUGGAUGGUAAAGAUUCCAUUCGAUAACUGGGCAGCUCAUGCUUUUCAAGGAGAAAGGUUUGGUGAGAACACAUCGAAUAUUGCAGAGAGUUUUAAUAGUGUUAUCAAGCAUGAUAAGAGGCUCCCAGCACUAGAGCUUGUGAAUUGUAUUCGUGCUAAGGUAAUGGAGCAGAACUACAAGAGGUUGGUGGAGUCUAGUAAGUGGAAUUCCAGAAUUACUCCCUGA